CUCGUUUACGGCGCCCCCGCACGGAUCUCGCUCUUUCUGUACAUUCGAACCAACCUGCCGCCAGCCUACGGCGAAGAGCAACCAGUCAAGCCCGCUCAUCAGUCCACAGCCGGUUGCUCGUCCCUUCGACCCCACGUACACUACAUCCACCAAACAUGAUCGCCCUCAAGCCCCGAAAGCUUACCCUCACGCUCGUUACCUAUGUCGCGCUCGCUUUGCUCGUGGCCGGCGUUGCCGACGCCCACGCCGCGCAGGACCUGAACCGUCGCGACCACACCCAACUCAACCGCAUGCUGAAGAAGCGCGCCCCCGCCCCCCAGGAUGGCGCCGUCAUCGGUGCCGGGUCAGACCCUGUUAGCAUUACCAGCACUGGAACCAGCGCUGCGACCUCUGUCACCUCGGCCGCGACGUCCAACACAGUCGCGAUCACCAGCAGUGCAACGACGACCACCAGUUCGGGCACCUCGACCCUGACUUCGGCUACUGCCACAUCCUCUUCUGCGGUCACCUCUUCCACGCCUACCACUUCCAGCAGCUCCAGCUCCUCGACCUCGUCGAGCAGCUCGUCCACGUCCUCCAGCGUGUCUUCCACCUCGUCUUCGACGACCAGCAGCUCGAGCACGACUACCAUCACGACCACCCCUGCGUCCCAGACGUCCCAGACGCUCAACCUUCAGGGUAUCACCUCUGCCGCUGACAGCGAUGCCACCACCCAGCACUCCGUCGCACAUAUCACGCUCACCAGCACCAGCACCGCCGCUUCCAACUCGGCCACCUCGAACAACGACAGUUCGGGCGCGACUUCCACCGGCAAGGUUGCGAAGACCACGAUCACUAUCCUCAUCGCCAUCGCGGCCAGCGUCGGUGGUCUCGCCAUCAUCUGGACCAUCAUUCGCAAGUGGAAGUUCAAGCCGUCGUCCUCCUUCGAGGACCGCAUGGCGCCCAUCGACUGGAACCCGGCGGAGAAGGACACCGGCUUGGAUAUCCCCGGCACUCACCGCCGGGCGAACUCGAGCGCUUCUUCGUUCCACUCGGGUUCCGGUCACGAGGAAAACGUCGCCGGCCGUGGCAUGGGUGGUGGAUACGGCGCUGGCUCGAACGACGGCCACAACAUCGUCCCGGAGCACGACUUCACCGCUGGUCCCGCGCACCUCGCCCCCGUUGGCGGCUACGCGGACCUUGCGCGUGGCCCCAGCCCUCAACCGUACGACUAUGCGCGUGGCCCCAGCCCCCAGCCGCAGAUGCAGGAGGCUGGACACAACUACGACUACGGCAUGCCCAUCCAUCACCAGGGUGCUGCGCCCGCGCAGAACAUGUACGACCCGAACGCCAUCCGGUAUUAAUAGGCGGGGCUCACUCUAAACCGUGAUCACCUGGCGGAAAGAAGGAUGGACUUCGGCUCCGCUUCAUCUAUCUUUAUGCACUCGGUCCCACUUGAAGUGUGCGCCUUUGGCUCUCGGUUCUUGUCUUCUUUGUUCUUAUGGUUUUGUACAUGCCGAAUAUAUACGCUGGACGAUUCACCAUCAUACUGUCUGCGCUCUCGACCCCUGUGUCGGCUUGGUUCGCUAUUCUCGUUUCGAUAUACCCCUAUUUUUAUGUGCCUUAGCGCGUAAUCU